CACGCGCACGGUGGGCCCCCGAAAAGGCGGACUGGCGAGGUGAACCCAAAAUCUUUUGUUGUCAUUCGUUCCAAGAUGGCAGCAAAGCAGAAGUUGAGGGAACAGGUUGCAUCAGGGAAACUGAAAGCUGGCAUCACGACCCCGGCCAACCCCUCGACUGACCUCGCCAUGAUGGCCGCCUGUCCCGACACCUUCGACCUUUUCAAGGACAUCUUGACCUUGGGUGGUGUGGAGCAGGGUGUGGUGGACUUGGAAGAGAAAGACGAAGUUGGGAUGACAGCUUUGCACUGGGCGGUUAUUUACGAACGGUUGGACUCGGUAAGGCUGCUGAUACAGAAGGGUGCUGUCGUCGACCAAAAAGAUACCCUUGGCUUUACUCCUCUCUUCUACUGCACAGGAAGGAAGCCCAAUGUGGAUGUCGCCAGGGUUCUUAUAGAGGAAGGAAAGGCUGAUGUUAACGCCAGGACAAACACACUCUCCACACCUCUGCAUGGAGCUGCUCUGCAAGGAAAUCAUGACUGCCUAAAGCUGCUCCUGAAGCAUGGUGCUGACCCAAAUAUACAUGAUGAGGAGGGCACCAGUUCCCUGGACCUGUGCAGGAAUGAUGACGUCACCAAGGCUCUACUCUACAAACACAGCAGCCACAAGGAGUCGGCAAAGGAGAAGGCUGGUGCCUGUUGUUCCUGGUGCCACAGCCCCAGUUCCAACCUGAAGAGAUGCUCUCGCUGUCAUCUCAAGUUCUACUGCAGCAAAGAGUGUCAGGCGAAAGACUGGAAGGAGGGCGGCCACAAACAUGAGUGUAAAGGGUUCGUUGUAGCUGUACCAAUAGAGCAGGCCAGCCCAGGCUAUGUGACCACCUUUAGUAACGUCCUGACUGCCCAGCGCCCUACGUUCUCCAUUCACAUGAACAGCAAGGAAACAGCAGCCGCAAGGAACCAGAAAUAUCUGAAGAACAAACAGUUCAUCGUUAAGGUGCAGACACCCAUUGUGCUGUAA